CUCCCACUCCAGUCAUCUGUUUCGCAUUAGCUCCAUCGGCCAACCAAUCAGCAGCAACGCCCGCGUAGCACCUCUUACGCCUCACGGUCUCAUAGUAGCUGCAGCGAUGGCGGACGCGGCAGCUCGGCGGGAAGCUCGUCGGCGGCGGAUCUUAAACCAGGGCAACGAGCGGCUGCGAUUCAUCACGGGCGAUUCCACCGCCAUGCUAUCCCAAUCCCAAUCGCAAUCGCAGCCGCCAGCUGCAGCCACUGAUGCUGAGGACACGGCUGCACCUGCGCGUGCGGAGCCAGCAGCGCCUGCUGUGUUUGCACCUCCCAGUGCAUCCCCGUCACACAACAACCUCCCCGCAUCACCACCGCUCUCAGGCCCUGCCUUGCCCUCGCCGCCCUCGCCACCCUCACAGCCCCAGCCUCACUCCACGCCGGAAACCGCCACCCCUAUGUGCAUGCCAGCACAGGCUGCUGCUGUGAGUGACACGGCGGAGCCAGCAGCCGUCGCUUCUCCCCCGGCACAUCCACCUGGCGUUGCUCCCAGCACACAGACCUUCCCAUUCGACCCCUUGGCACCCUCCGCCCUUUCAUCCACACAUCUGCCCUUCCUCUCCGCCCAGCUGGCCCAGCAGCAGCAGGGUCUGAGCGUCCCUCUCCUCGGCGCCAGGCAUUCCAUUCCACGUGGCGCGUUUGGGUCCUUCCAGGAGCCAGUGCGCGCGCAGCAGCAGCGGUCGGCAGUGCGGCUGCUGCUGUCCAUGCAGCAGGUGGUGCUGGCCGCUCACGCCACAGCCGUGGUACGCCUGGUGGCGGCACUGCUGCUGGCGCUGCUGUACUGCAUGCGCAUGCUGCCACUGCACUGCCCGCACCUCCUGCACUCCCUGCCAGGCAUCGCAGCCUCCACUGGCGGGGGAGCAGAGGCAACUGAUGGGGUGGCAGCACCUUAUGAGGCGUCGUUUCCCUCUCAGCAGUGGCUGCUGUCGUUCCUCUUCUUCCUGCCCGCACACCCCUGUCUCACUGUGCUUGCCACUGACGCGGCCCUAAUCGCAUCCUCCCUUGUGCUCCAAACCUUCACCUUCCCUAGAGCUGCCCAUGCCAGCCCUGCAGGGGGCGGGGCAGCAGCAGGGCUGGCAGGGCUGCUGAGGGGCUUGAGUGCGGCUGCACGGGAGGGCGAGGGGGGCACAGGGAGGGAUGGAUCCGCAGGAGAGGACCCGCUGCGCGAGAUGAUGGGCAUGGUGGAGCGCACGGGGUACUGGGUGGCGCGCGCAGGCAUGGUCAGGGACGUGCUGCACGGGCUGCUGCUGAACCUCAGUGUGUUCCUGGUGGCGCUGGGCUGUGCCAUGGCUGUGGCAGAGGCCGCAGGGCAGCAUGCCACGUGUGGUGCCAUGCAGUGGGGUGUGGGGGAGGCAGUGAGGCAUGCAGGGGGGCUGGUGGAGAUGUGUCAGGCAGUAUGGGUGGGAGUCAAAGAUACGUGGACUGCUGUGCUACAGCCCAGGGGAUAGGAUGGAUGGGAAACAGUAACAGAGCUGGUAUUCGAGAGAUGCAUUUUCCAGUGAAAUUUGUUCUGGAAAUCCUAGUGGUUUUAUUACACAAUUUUUGUCUGUUUGCCUUGUUUGCAUACA